AGUACAGUCACUGGCACGCUGUUAUAAAUAUCAUUUUGUCGUGCUUUGUCUGUGUCUUAUUCCGCCGAGAUCAAAAUUAAAUUUUGAGUGUGUAUCAGGAUCGUUAUGACAACUAGCUUAGAUUGUAAAUAAUACUUAAAUACAGUUAUUAAGGCUUGUAUUUAUUAUCAUGUCACGGUUCAUACUGCCCUAACUGAAUCAUCAACUGGAUUAUAAAAUGUUUCAUUUGUCCGUUGAACUACACCUGAACUGAGUCAUUAAUUCAAACACAAUGUAUGAAACAGUUACCCGAAAGCUAAUAAACUUGUUACAAGAAAUGCAAACAAAAAAGAACUAUACGAAUCUUCAUUUAAGUACGGUGACGGUAUGAUGUCCUACAGUCAGUCGGAAUAGAUUAAUCAACAGUACGAGAACAUUACCCUGUGCUAUGAUGCCAGUCGUCGUUCCAACGAUUGAAAAAUGUCCUUCAGAGUACGAUCAGUACGAGUGCAAGCUGGUUGCAAAUAUUCUGCAACUAGCAAAGGAGCAACUGAAUGAAAGUGAUCAAAUUAGGGACCCUUCGCUGGCUCAAUUACGUGAAUUCAUUGCCAAACAUCCACAAAUAAAAACUUGCCGGACGGAUGCUAUUUUUCUGUUGAGAUUCCUACGCUCGACAAAAUUCAAUGUGACAGCUGCAUGUGAGCAACUGGAGCGAUAUCUGAUUACCCGGGAUACCAUGCCAGACCAUUUCAAGCGGAUGGAUCCCUCCGAAUCGCAGCUGAGCCAGGCACUGAAGGAAGCCAUUAUGGUUCCGCUGGGCCUAGACGGGGAGUCUCGACAUGUGUUCAUAGUUCGCUACGGGACAAUCAAUCCGCGUCAGUUCUCGUCUCAGCUAAUAACGCUACUUAUUGCGUUAGUUUUCGAAAUAUACUUGGAUGAUGAGUUGUUCCAGGUGGCCGGAGCUGUUUUUAUUUUAGACUUUGUGAGCACCUCGUUGGAACAUCUUAGUAUGAUUUCUUUGGAUGAGCUGAAAAUUUUAAUGACGGUAGUUAACGAUGUUCUGUCAUCGAGAUUGAAUGAAAUUCACGUCGUUCAAUUACCCAGAGGGGCAGCCAUGAUUACGAAUUACUGCUUAGCAGGCCUGCCCAAACUGAAGGAAAGAAUAAAGUUCCACAAAUCAGCCGACGAACUGAAGGGCGUAAUCGACGAGUCAAUUCUUCCCACAAUCUACGGUGGGAAGCAAUCGAUAGAGGAGGCGAAUGAAAGAUUUCGGGCACGUGCAUUCCAGGAGCGGGAACGUCUUCUUCGACAGUGCGAAAUGCACAUCGAUUUAUCGAUUCCGGCGCCAAAUACGAAGCACAACAAUCAGGACAAUGGAGUGGCAGAUGAAUGCAUUAUUGGUAGUUUUCGGCAGCUGAACGUAGAUUGAGAUGUUGAUUUCAAUAAUAUUGCAACUUGUGACAUUCUUAUGUGCGGGCGGGUAUUACUGAUAAAGUUAUUAAAUUGACAUUUUACGGUUGAACGGGGAAGGCGCGUUUUUGUUUGCUCUUGUUUCCAUUUAGCAAUAAGUACACAGAAAAAAACCCCUGUUUUAAUCCACCUAGUGGUGUAUGAUGUCUUUCUCAUAUAUAUAAUACUGUGGUAUUCUUUUCAAAAUGUUUCUCUUCGAUUUUUGAAAGAAACCAAGGGAUUGUUUUUGCAUCACCUAGUAUAACCUACAGAAUGAAGCAGUGCUUUGUUCGCGUAGGUCAUUCUUAAGAAAACGAAGUGGGUUCAUUUUUAUAUGUAAUUCUAGCAUCGGAACCCGAG